CACAGACACUGUAUUCUCACAGCCAGACACUCGCUGCUUUGCUUUGUGUUCGGGGGGUGGGUGGGAGACGAACCCCACUAGGGCUGACCUGUAGGGGCGCAGAGCCACACAUCUCCAUCACCUUGCUCUAGCUAACCCCAGGAGACGGCCGGAGAGAGGACAGAAGGAAAGAGAGGAGACCCAUCUCUUGCUUUCCUUCUUGGUAUUUCUCGUCUGGGCUGACCACCCAGCAGCCUUCUCCACUUUUUUCUCCAAACCUUUCCGCUGGCGCCCAUACCCAUGGCCACACCACCCGCAGACACAGGACCCCCACCCGAGGGGCAGACUACUUCAGAGGCCACAGAGCCUGUCUGCUCCACCACCGUGGUGGUGGUGGAAGAGCCGGAGCCGGAGCCUGUGCCUGAGACUACUGCUCCUGAAGCAGAGCCAACGGUGACCAUCCAGUGCAAAGCCUCCUCUCUGAAUGACCUCAAGGCCCAGCCUGCUACCAAUGGAGGACCUCGGGCCCCCAGCCUGACUGGCUCAGAGGGACGGCUAGCCCAAGCUGCGUCUAAUUCUCCCAGGCCAAGUCUGUGUCGACAAGGGUCUACAGCAACAGCUAGUGCCGUAGAAGCGGAAAAGCCAAAGGAUUAUCUGUUUAUUGCCAUCUUGUCGUGCUUCUGCCCCAUGUGGCCAGUGAACAUCAUUGGCUUUGUGUACUCCAUAAUGUCGCGCAACAGCCUCCAGCAAGGCGACGUGGACGGAGCCCUGAGACUGGGCCGAGUGGCCAAACUACUGAGCAUCGUGGCCCUGGUGGGCGGAAUCCUGAUUAUCACUGUGUCCUGCGUCAUCAACUUCGGCGGAAUUUUGUGAAAUGGUGCCACUCCGUUCCCCUCUGCGGACAUGACGGGGCGAGGGGAUCCCGAUCUUCAUCAAGACUCCUCCACAUUUCCAUCGAGACACCAGACAGAGACCUGAAGGAGACCGCCAAGAGUGACAGAGCGAGAGAGAGACCGAAAGAAAGCAGGAGUGCCUGGUGUAUCAUAGAGAAGAGUGCCUGUGUCUCCUCAUCUCAUGUGAUAUUUACACCCACACACACCACAGCCGCCAUUAAAUUUUCGGCCAGUCCGUAAAAAAA